CGCGAAAGCUUCAAAUCUCGAAGAUAUCAAAAUGGACGAGCAGUGCAUGCAUCAGGACGAUGAGGAGCUGCAACAGCAGCAGCAGCAGUCUCCAAACAAUCGGAAGGCUCCUUCACGCACCACGCAGAAUGCAGCUCAGUCUGUGCAGCAGUAUCCUCCUGCCUUGGCAGAGGCAGCAACCCAGACGUGUCAGUCUCCACAGGCUCAGCCAGUUAAGCACACCCCACAAGUGCCUAAGGUGUCUUCUGGCAGCAGUCAGCGAGCGAGUGGAGAGGCGGCUUCUGAUUCAAGCUCCCAAGGCUGCGUGAAAGUGGUGCACGACAUGCUGAUGACUUCAAGCAACUGCGGCAGCAAUUGGCCAUCCGACCAAGAAGACAUAUUUCGCCUCCUGGUGCAUGGGAGAGAACAUUUUGAAAUAUUAAAGAAAAUCAAGGAAAACCUGGAGCUGAUCCGAACGCUGCCCACGGAUGCCAAUGUGUUGCGCAACCUGCAGCAACAACAAUACGUGACGGAAUUGCGUGGCAGGCCGUUCAACCUCAGCCGACACGGCAGCGAGUGUUCACAGGAAGUCUUGGCCGGCAGCCAGGGACCCUCCAGUGCCGGCGAAGGUUCCUCACCAGGCGUUGCACAGAAUGUUGUGACGGGUGAAGCGAGUGGAUCCAAUGGUCCCCCACGGCCACCGGACGGAGACAGCCCACCGGCCCGGCUUGGAACCCUGCCGGACAGCGGCAAGCCUGACAACACUCUUUACAACUUCCUGAAACAAAUAGACUGCUUGGAGUUUUUGGAGAAUUUCACUUCACGUGGAUUGUCGAGUGUCCAACAGCUGAUGAACGUCACUCUGCAG